AUGCUUGUUGGAAAAGAGGCACCAGAUUUCACUGCACAGGCCGUUUUACCAGAUGGCGACUUCAAGGAAAUAUCCAGAAAGAACUACAAUGGUGGUUGGCUCGUUCUUUUCUCUUAUCCUCUUGAUUUCACAUUUGUCUGCCCAACCGAAAUUAUUGAGUUCUCAAACAAGUAUGCCGAGUUCAAGAAGAUCGGAUGCGAAGUUUUAGGUAUGUCAGUCGACUCAGUUUAUUCUCAUCUCGCAUGGAGAAACACACCAAGAAAGGAAGGUGGCCUUGGCGAGAUCAACUACCCACUUAUUUCCGAUUUAGGUGGAAAGAUCGCUAAGUCUUAUGGAUUUUACAUAGAAGAAGCUGGUCAUGAUCUUAGAGGCACAGUAAUUAUUGAUCCACAAGGUAUUGUUCGCCAUGUACAAAUGAACCAUCCAGAUGUAGGCAGAAAUGUUGACGAAAUUCUUAGAUUAGUUAAGGCUUACCAAUACGCUGCUAAACACGGCGAAGUUUGCCCAUCUAAGUGGACUAAGGAAGGUGAUGCUACAAUCAAGCCAAAUCCAAAGGAGUCAAAGGAGUUCUUUGAACAUGAAUAUCUAUAA